AAUGGACCCCUGGCCUGGAGGGUUACAGCCUGAGCAGCCGCAGGAACAUUGCACUGCGCAACGACUCCCAGUCCUGUGGGGUGCUCUACUCCAAAGCUCCUACCUACUUCUGUGGGCAGACACUCACCUUCAGAAUUGAGACCGUGGGACAGCCAGACAGAAGGGACAGCCUGGGGGUGUGUGUGGAGCAGCAGAAUGGCUACGAUUCCCUGCAGAGGGACAAGGCUGUGUGCAUCAGCACCAAUGGGGCAGUUUUUGUGAAUGGGAAGGAGAUGACAAACCAACUCCCUGCUGUGACUUCUGGCUCGACUGUGACGUUUGACAUGGAGGUUGUGCAGUUGGGGCCCUGCAGCAACGAGGGAGGAAAUUUCAAGCUUCGAGUAACCAUCAGCUCUAACAACAGAGAAGUUGUCUUCGACUGGGUACUUGAUCAAUGCUGUGGCUCCUUGUAUUUUGGAUGUUCAUUUUCGUAUCCAGGCUGGAAAGUUUUGGUGUUCUAG